AUGAUUAUUACAGGUGAUGAUUUGAAUGGGAUAGUUCGUCUAAAAGAACAGUUACACCAACAGUUUGGGAUGAAAGAUUUAGGUCUGUUGCGAUAUUUUCUUGGUAUCGAGGUUGCUUCAUCUCCAAAAGGUUAUCUUCUUUCACAGUCUAAGUAUGUUAGUGAUAUUCUUAAAAAGGCUCGCAUUUCUGAUACUGAUCCAGUUGACACACCCUUUGAGAUGAAUGCUAGAUAUACUAAUACUGAUAGUGUUCUCUUGGAUAUAUAUAGAACCAUUGUUGGAAGCCUAGUUUACCUCACUAUUACGCGACCUGAUAUUGUGUAUGCAGUUCAUAUUGUUAGUCAGUUUGUUUCUUCACCUACUACUAUACAUUGGGCAGCUGUUAUGCGUAUUUUGAGAUCUCUCCGGGGAACUCAGUAUCAGAGUUUGUCAUUCCCUUCAUCUUCUUCAUCAAGUUUUACACUUCUGAGGUUUUUCUGA